AUGGAACCGCCAUUCGAUUUAGAGCAUCAGCUAUGUUCAUGCGAGGCAUCGCCUCCCCGCACAUCUCCUGCUUCAAUGCGACAUCUGCCCGGAUGGCCCAAUAUUCCACCCGACAAGCAAGACAAGCCCCAGAGAGCGUUGGAUAUUCUAGAAAAGGAGUUUUGCUCCAAUGAUUUGGAUCGGAUGGCAUCUAAGCUGUGGUGGAUGUCCAAACAAGACAGCAGCAACAUAUCCCCGCUCCACAGGCAGUCAGUGAAGCGACGCAGCAUCAUCGUUACUGAGGAUCCCAAGUUGCAUCUCGUCUGGAUCCACGAUCGGAUAUUUGUCAAGCCAUUGCCUCGAUACAUUACCUCUUAUUCAUUCUGGCGCGAACAUCUCUGCUGCGAUAAGGCCGGCGAAGUUGGGAGACGCCGGGAGCGCGUUCGAAAAGCGGCUCUAGGUUAUCUCAGGACAUACGCGUAUCUUGUGCAAUACGAGUCGGAUUUUCGCAUAUGCAAAGAUCCCAACUUACAGCUCAUACCAGCUGACGUUACAUGGGAUCAGUUUUGCGAUUUCACGGCAGAUGUAGCCAAUAUUAACGACAUUGAUGUAUCUGCACGCUACACCUUUGGCGAAAUCAGGCUGACGCGGUUAAACUUCUACGCUCCAUUCUUUCUUAGGAAAUCCUACUUUCAGAGAGUCGAAUACCAGUACGGGACGUACUUUGCACGCUUCUACGCGCCGACUUUGUUUGUGAUUGGAGUUGCAUCGGUUGUGCUGAGCGGAUUUCAAGUCGCCGUAGCUGUUGACGACAGUAAUCAGGAGAGCCCAGGGAGCGCUCUUUCAGCUGUUGCCUUGUGGUUCAGCAUAUUGGCAAUUAUACUAUUCUGCGGACUCUGCUUCUGUCUGGGUGCUAUUUUGGCGUAUAAGCUGGUGAAGGAAUGGAAGUAUGCAAUCCGGGACCGACUUCGUCUCCUCGAAGAAGGACGGAAGCCCGAGUAG